AUGUGCUCCUCACCGUUGCCGUCUCACGCAGGUGCUAUUGCAAUUGUCAUUUUACAGAAGAAGAAAUUCAUAGAGAAGAUGGACUUUCCUAACAAUGAGAAAAACGAUGAUGCUCACAGCGGCUCCGACAGCGGGAACCUGGCGCCUCUUAGGGAAGGGAGAGAUCAAGACUUGAGAAAACGGAAGAGCUGUUCCCGCCGCAUCCUGCACCCAGCCUCGCAGAGCAGCUGUGGCCUUUCAGCCCUGCUUCCCUGGCCCUUCCUCCUGGAGGCUGACGACGUCCGGCCCGUCCCUCGCUGGCCUCCCGGCCUCCCGCGCCCCGCCUGCGUGCGCCCUCACCGCAGCGCGUCGCGAGCGCCCACGCUGACACGCAGCUCGCGCCCGCGGCCGCCGACCCGGCCCGGCUGCGCGCGCGGCUCCGCUGCUCAGGGCGCCCCGCGCGGCCUGGCCCUCCCUCCCGGCAGUUUCUCGGGGACAGGAUCUGCCGCUGGGGCCAUGGAAGGGCCCGGCACUUCCUGGCAGUUUCCAGUCACGCCCCUGGUACCCAGGCAGCAGGCUGUUAAAAUAAACAGAUACUAUCUUUGCAAGUUUUACAAGACAGAUGAAAGGAUGGUCCUGAUUGCACUUCAAUGAAGCACUUUGUAGCUUGGAACAUGACAGAUUGGUGAUGCUUGUCUGGCGCAAUAAACAAAGUAAAGAGACCACUUCUGAGAACUGCAUUUAGACCCAUAAUUACUGAAAACACAGAUAUGACAACUUUGCCAAUAUUUGAUUUCCAAAUUUGAGCAGAUAAUAUUAGUGUGUCUUAAUAGCUAUAAUGAGUGUAUUCUGGUAUGCUGAUAAAAAUAGAGGGAACAGGGCUUGAAAUCAAGACAGGAUUGAGAUAUGCAUUAAAAAUAGCUGAGAUAAUUAAAUGAGAAAGGUACACAGAAUCCUGGUGCAGUGACUAUCUCAUUAUUGUUAUGACAUUAAUUUGAUUAUGACACCCCAAGCAGACAAUCUUAAUCUUCCUAAUGCAAACAAAGAGGAAAAAUUCCAAUUCA